AUGUCUAUACACGAGAAUAUAUCCGUAGAUGAAGAUUCAGACGACAGUCCCUUUUUCUACUUGGAUGAGAUUCAAAGUAAUCUGUAUAAAUUACUCUCUUUAUUCUACAGUGGUAUAGGGAUUAUACAAAGGGAUUCACCCCCUGAGAACCAGAGGGCUGACCCAGAUGUAAUAUUACGCCUGGAGAAUAAUAUAAAGGAGAUUAUAGGACAAUUUAUAACCACACGCCAGAAACUUAUUGAUAGAAUAUCCAAGUUAGAAUCAGAAAAGUCUUCAUUUUCAUGUUUGUCAGAACUUCUUCAGAAGACACGAGAUUUAGACAUUAUUUUAGAGAUAAAAAUGAAGAAAUUACAGGAAGAAUUACCUCUUCUUACAGAAGUAAUUAAUGAGUUAGUAGAUGAAAUAGGACAAAUAUAA